UUGCAGAUUAUGAUCGAAAGUCGAGCUAUGAAAUUCAUAUAUACAGCUUCUUUGUUCGUUUUCUUCAUUUUCACUCUUGGAAUAAGUUGUGCAGCUCUUAAGCAAGGAGAAACAUGUGUAUCGAAUGAGAGGUGUGAUACUGGUCUACAUUGUGAGACAUGCACUUCGGAAGGUGAUUUUGUUCCAAGAUGUACUCGCAUUCAGCCACUUAAUCCAUUCCAUAAGGUGAAAGGGUUGCCGUUUAAUCGAUAUUCAUGGUUGACAACACACAAUUCAUUUGCCCAAGUGGGGGUUAGGUCGAGCACAGGAAACGUCCUCGUGACUACAACAAACCAGCAAGACUCCAUUACUCAACAACUCAAUAAUGGAGUGAGGGGUUUGAUGCUUGAUAUGUAUGAUCUCAACAAUGAUAUUUGGCUAUGUCAUUCAUUUGGAGGAAAAUGCUACAACUACACGGCUUUUCAACCUGCUUUAAAUGUGCUUAGAGAGGUGGAAGUCUUCCUUGAAGCAAAUCCCGCAGAAAUUGUGACCAUUAUAAUUGAGGACUACGUUUCAACCCCAAAUGGAAUAACCAAAGUAGUGAAUGCGGCUGGACUUGGGAAGUUCUUGUUUCCUGUUUCUCUAAUGCCCACAGAAGGGGGAGAAUGGCCAAACGUUGAUGACAUGAUACUGCACAAUCACCGCCUCCUGCUUUUCACUUCUAAGGAAGAAUCUUCACAAGGCAUUGCGGCUUACAAAUGGACAUAUUUUGUUGAAAACCAAUAUGGAGAUGAAGGGAUGUCAAAUGAAUCAUCAUGUAGCAAACGCGCAGAAUCAGCUGCUCUAAAUACAGAAGCAAGGUCCCUACUUCUCAUGAACUAUUUUCCUAGUGCGCCUGAUCUUGCUCAAGCUUGCAAACUUAAUUCAAGACCAUUAAAGAGCAUGAUGUAUACUUGCUUUGAAGCUGCUGGCAAAAGAUGGCCCAAUUUCAUUGCCGUUGACUUUUAUAAGAGAAGUGACGGAGGGGGAGCCCCUGAAGCUGUUGAUGAGGCCAAUGGCCAUCUCAUCUGUGGUUGUGCAAACAUUGGUUAUUGUAAGGAUAAUAUGAGUUUUGGAACUUGUGAGAUGCCUCAACUGGGCGAUGAUAAUAACUCUCCAGCAGCAGAAAUGUCACCAGAUGGAACAAGCCAUUCUAAUUCAGCACCAAGCUUUUCAUCACCCUUUCCACUUUCAUGGAUUCUUGGAAUAUGGUGCUCAUUCCCUCUUUUCUUCAGACAUGAACUACCUCGACAACAAGCUUGCGGCGAACCCUUAAAUAGGGUCUGGUGGCUAUGAAGUGUAACAAGAAAAACUAAACAUCUCUAACAAUGAGAGGGGUUGUUAUUGGUUUACAUUUCCCCAUUUUGAAUUUCUGUAAGAUGUUUUGAGCAAACUUAGCUUGAUAGUGACAAAUGCCUUCUGAAUCUGAAUAAUGAUUGAUCAGACUUUCAUGCCUAAGAUGUAAUUCAUUAAACAAAGAUCAAUCAAUUUAAGCCUUUUAAUUUCUUCGUUG